AUGUCACCAAAGCGUGGACACCGAGUUUGGUCGGAUGAGAUGGCCAAGACCGUCUCACAGCAACGCCGUGCUCGCUUUUCGGCUUCCAAAGGCCAAGGGGACGCUGCAGGAGGUAAUCCCCAAGAUAUCGAUGGCGUGGAUGCAUUGCCUCGAAGCAUAUCUUCUUCAUCAGCCUCGAGCAGGCCUCCUCGGACCAAAGGUCAACGGAGAAGUCCUGCUGAAGGUUGGACGGAACCUGAGCCAAGGGCGAGGUCGCCUGGGAAGUUCGCAUUUCUUGCUGGCAUCCUUGUGGUCGCCUUGUUGCUUAUUUGGGGCCUAUCUCAGACCGAAAAAGACGAGCGGAGCCAAGACGGCUGGCGAAGCCCCGAGUCCCGACCAGACAUACCACCGACACAGAUACCGCAGGAUGGUUGGCUCGCAUAUCUUGUAACGCAGACAUGA